AUGCAAAGAGGGGGCGAUGCAGCCUCACCUGGGCCGAAGAAAGGAGAGCCUGUCAGGACACGCCCAAAACGGCGGCCUGAUCCGCAUCCUGAUACUGCGACUCGGGCAGCCCGCGGUAUCCGAGAAAGAGUGCUGCAUUUCACUCCGUCUUGGUUCGCGGUGACGAUGGGAACGGGUGUGAUCGCUACACUGGUCAACCUUCUGCCAUGGUCUGCAACACACAGUGGUUUCAGAUGGGUCGCCUUGGUGUAUCUCCUGGCAGAUAUCGUAAUCUUUCUCCUCUUCACCGCCGCUUUCCUCACGCGCUACAUCCUCUUCCCUCAAGUACUCCCCUUGACCAUCAAACAUCCUCAGAAGAGCAUGUUCCUCGGCACCUUUCCCAUGGGUAUGAUUGUCAUCAUCUCCAACAUCGCUCAGCUGGGAACAGUGGAAUUUGGACUAGGCCACAGCUACGCCAUGGCAGCUUCUGUGCUCUGGUGGAUUGCUACAGUCAUCUCCCUGAUGACCGCCGUAGGGGUUCCAUUCAUGGUCACGACGUAUCAGAGCCACUCGUUCUCGUCCACAACUGCCGCAUUGCUGCUUCCAAUCGUUCCUCCCAUCACGGUAGCAGCUGUCGGAGCGGUAAUCGCCGAGGCUCUCAUGGAUGUGUACCCAACCUACGCAUUUACCAUUGUCAUCGUCAGUUAUCUAGUCCUGGGCGUCGGCUUGCCCCUGGCGCUACUGAUUCUGGUGCUGUACUUUCAACGGCUCCUUCUCUUCAAACAGCCUCCUAGGGAGGUGAUCAUCAGCGUCUUCCUCCCUCUUGGUCCAGCAGGUCAAGGGGGAGAAGCUCUUCUCCACUUGGGUCUCGUAGCCUACCGGCUCUUCCCAACUAUUUCCGCCCUACCAUCCUCUGAGGCCUCUUCCGUGGGCAAUCAGCUGACAUACGCAGGUGCCAGCCAGUUGGGCUUUCCCGUUGGGCAAGCUUUGUUUGCCGCUGGGCUGCUCGGCGCUCUGAUGCUGUGGGCCUUUGGGAUGUGGUGGAUGGCCCUUGGCAUUAUGACUGUCGUACGGGAGACGAGGAGGGGUAAGCUGACGUUCAAUAUGGGCUGGUGGGGCGCAACCUUCCCCCUCGGCUCCCUCGCAAUUUGCACCGGUCGUCUCGCCCUCGUCCUCUCCUCCCUCGCGCUCAAGAUCGUAUACACAAUCCUCGUGAUCAUCACUCUACUCGUCUGGUUCACAGUAGCAAUCCCGACCCUCAAAGGGUUCAUAGACGGAAGUCUCCUCUCGAGGAAAGCGGCUCCUUGCAUUGCUGAUCUACCGCUGGAGCCAUUGAAGCGACGAAGCGCCGAAGAGGAAGACGAAUGGAGUGAAGAAGAGGAUGUAGAUGAAAGUGGGAGUGGGAGUGCGGAUUUGAGCACUAGUGAGGAGGCGACAUCGCGACAGGGACAAAGUGAGUCUGCCGACAAGCCGACGACGAUGACAGGAACGGGGGUCGAGGACGAGAAGCGCAGUGCGCUCGUAGGUGGGGAGGUCGAAGUCAGCAAGCAGGAGAAGGGGCACGACGCAAAGGGACCAGGACCGGGACCUGCCAUGGGCGAACUCGAAGACUAGCACAACAGGUACAUUGCCAGAUCAUAAUUUAUUACACGGUCACUGGGGAUACACUACAGGACAAUGCGAUUCGAUAGCUAGCUGGCGGAAUGAGGCUCCUGAACGGGAUGAAAGGCGGUCAAGAGGAACGCAAGCGAGCUAUGAAUCCUCCUUUAGUGGCCUUGCAAUGUCGGCUGCUCUCCUACCCUUCGAGAAGGUCACCGAGCUCGUUGAGCACGUGGAAGGGAGCUUGCUGCUUGCAUGGCUUGAUGCAUGGUCUACGAAUCUUGACUGCUGUGUUUGAGCUUCUGAGUCAAGGAGAGCCUCGGUAUCGAGGAAGCACGAGGGUGGUACCUCGCUCUGCGAGGAGCCGGUGCCAGCUACUAUUCAGUCUGACAUUGUGCGAUGGGUCGCAGUCAGGUCUUGCAACCUAGGUAAGGAGAUGCGAUCUUGUCGCGA